AUGGCUGAAGGUGUAGGCAUCUCAACUGAGAGGGUAUAUCACAUUUUACAUGAAUAUUUGGAUAUGAAAAAGCUAUCCAUACGAUGGGACGAUACGACGAUACGAUUGCUAACACUCGACCAUAAGCGGUCCCGUGUGACCAUUUCAAAUGAAUGUUCAGCGAGGUUCCGUCGCAAUCCGAACGAGUUUUUGCGACGUUUCGUAACGGUUGACGAAACGUGGAUCCACCACAGCACACCAGAGACCAAAGAACAAUCAAAACAGCGGGUUUCUUCAGAUGAACGUGCACCAAAGACGGCCAAAAUGGGUCUGAAGUCCCACAAAAUGAUCGCCACAGGUUUUUGGGAUGCACGAUACCUUAAAAAGGGUAAAACGAUCACUGGCGCAUAUUAUUCAGAGCUUUUGGACAGAUUCGAUGUUGACUUGAAGCUAAAAUGGCCGCAUUUGGGAAAAAAAGAGCUGUUUCAUCAGGACAAUGCACGGGUGCACACUUGUGUAGUCGCCAUAGCAAAAAUCCAUGAAUUAGGCUACGAACUGCGACCCCAACCAGCAUAUUCUCCAAAUUUAGCCCCUGUGAAUAUUUCCUGUUUUCAAACCUGA